AUGCUUGGCGAUCUACCUACAGAACUUUGGAUGACAAUAAUUGGUUACCUCUCAUCAUCAGAUGCACUUCUAGCCUUCGCUCAUACAAAUAAUCGUCUUAAUACAAUCGCUUGUCAACAUAUCGCUCGAUGUCUUACGUUUGCCAGCAACAUGUCGCUCGCUCGCUUUCGUCACUAUUUUCAAGUGGAACAUCCACGCGUUCGUCAUCUCGUCACUCGACUUCGCAUCGACGACUAUAUGCAUUUGAAUGAACUCGUCCUUAUUCUCCUCGCGAAUGAUCAGAACAAUAAUGACAUUCUAUUUCCUCGACUCAAACGAUUUGAUUUGUGGGGCUGGUAUGAAGACACACAUUUGAGCACAUUUCUCUGUCAUCCUUCUCUAUUCACACUUCGUCAUGUUAAUAUCAAUAUGGAUCGGUGUUUGUUCAAUUAUCUGAAUAUGAACAUUCUUCUCCAGUGUACCUCACUCCAAUUGAAAAUAGCGCCUCUUGAAACGCUAAAACUGAUCUAUCGGACUGUUAAUCCACCCCCAAUCGCGGAACGAGUUAAAACAUUCCAGACUACUAUUGGCUCUUGGUUACGGGUAUUACCCAUCGAUCGACCAAUUAUGGUAUGGAAUUCACUGGUUCAGCUGACACUAUCGAUCAGUGAACGGACUAUUUUGUGGUUGCUUUUGGACACUUGCCCGAUGCCGUCGCUUAUUCUACUUGAUGUCACCUUCGAGUAUGAUGCUAAUCCUCGUUAUCCUGUCGACAAACUGACGAUCAUGAAUGGUACAAGUAAUUUCGUCGAAUUGCGUACCCUUAGGCUAAAAAAUAGUCCGUUUGGUUUCAUUCAACGUUUACUUGACAGCUUUAACAUGUCUCGAAUCGAUACUGUUUCCUUUAUUAAUAUUUAUGACAAUGCUCAAGCAAAUUCUGGUGAACCUUUAUUUCCACCACACAAGUCUACACAGNUUGGUAUUGCUGUUGAAAAUCGAACAUGUGUUAUAAGUCUCAUUAAUGCAUUAAAUAAUCUUCAAGCAUUAACGAUUGUCAGUCUAGAUGAUAAUUGGAAUAGCGCAUCAGUAUCGGAUAACGAUGAACUUGUUCGAUGGUUUCAAACACAGUUACCAUCUGCAUACGUUAUGCGAAGAAAUACAUCGAUGUCUGACGUGUCAAGUACUAUUACUUUGCUACAAAACUUUUUCAUUCAUCUACGUCUGAAAUUUAGUCUAUUUCUCGCACCGAUUUAUCUGUAUGGUAUUAUUAUAGCGAAUAGGAAUAUUUUUACAUGGGAAUUCUUGAUUGAAUUUGUUAUUCUUCAUGUUUUUGUGUAUGGUGGCGUAUAUGCAUUAAAUGAUUAUUACGAUCGAGAUGAACAAGGACCGAUCGGUGGACUUGAACAUCCUCCGGCAAUGAGAGGUGACACACUUUUCUAUUUAGCAUGGGCAUGGAAAUUAAUUGGAUUAACUCUAUCGAUCUUCUAUUCAACAUCUACACAAUUUAUUGUCAGUUGUUUUCUCGAUGUUCUCAUGUCAGUUGCCUAUUCACAUCCAAAAAUUCGUUUAAAAGGUAGUCCGUUCGGAAGUGUUCUGUUGGUCAUCUUCUUACAAGGUUUUCUCACCUAUUAUUUGGGGACAAUUCUCGACGAUAGUAAUCUUAAUGGAAUCUCAUUGGUUAAAUUUUGGUUAGGAGCAUUUGUUAUCAUUUUUCUGGUUCUCGGCACAUAUCCUUUGACUCAAGUCUAUCAAAUCGAACAAGAUAAACGUCAAGGUGAUCGUACGCUCGCUAUCGUCUUUGGCAUUGAAAAGACUUUCCAAUUUGCGUCAUUAUGUCUAUUUGUCAGUGGCACGUUGAAUAGUUUAGUAAUUGGAUACUAUUACCAUUGGUGGGAGGGUGUCAUCAUUUUCAUCGGUUCGUUGUUAUUUCAAUAUGAUCUUCGAAAAUGGAGAAAGAUCUUUUCCAAACAAUCAGUCAAUGAAAAUUUUCAGACUUUACAUCAAUUGUUUUCUGUUCAAACUGUUUUUCCAUUUGUUUUUUGUCUUGCACAUUUACUACACAUUUUGUAG